AGGGAUCCGAACUCCAGCGGGUCGGACCGACAGAUUCUUCCCCAAAUGCAAGUGCGUCGCCCGCCCGCUCCGUCCGAGAACCAGAGAACCGUCCGUGCGACCGCGGCCGGCGGAGACCCAGCCCAGCGCCUAGAAUUCCACCCUCAGCGCUUUAUCCCGCUCGCCAGCGCUGUCCUGGGUUAACCUGAGAGGAAUCCUUGAGACUCCCCUUUCUGGCCUUCGGGGAGCCCGGCCCGGAGGACCGGACACUCGGCUCCGCGGGGCAGGCCCGGGCCAGGAAAGCCCAACGGGGCAGAGAGCGUGGUGCGGGGGGGUUCCAGAAAGGCGUCCUGUCGGGGGAGGGGGGGCCCUAGAGCUGGGGCCCGAGGACGAGUUGGUCCGAUGAAGGGACUCCGAGGAGGGAACGGCGGGAGGCACGGAUGGGGUAGGGGAGAAACGGAGUUCUGGGCACACAGGUAGGCAUCUUCCCAGGAAUUUGGACAAGGUUUGGCCGGGGCCGGGGCGUGGGCUCCCCGGAACUCGUCCCUCUCCGCCCCUGAGUUGUUCUUGCUCCGCCUAAAGCUGCGGAGUGGCCGGAUGUUAAAUACGGGGCUCGCACCCUCGCCUCCGUGUGAUUCCCACGGCCCUGGGCCAAGCCCGGUCCUUCCUCCCACCCUCCAUUUCCGGUGUCUGGGAUACCCGCGCUUCCUUGGGUCCUAAAAAUUCGGUCUAAUGUUGCCGGGGGAACGCCAUUUCGCGACACCCCCGCGUGUGGCCUCCGCCCUCCUCUUUCCCUGUCGCCAGCCAAUAGGAACGGAGAUCUUCCGUGGGUGGGCCGUACGCCUCCUGAGGGGCCCAAUGACGAUCGAGCGUCUCCGCGCUCCACCAGUCACGCCGCGGAGUGGGCGGGUCCUCCUGCCAGGACUAGAAGCCACCCAGGCAGAGCGGGUAGGCGGGUCGCUGGUUGUGAAUCCAUGUGGCGGGGGUUGUGGAGCCUAGUAGCCCGGGGCGCACGUGGGCCUCGCAGUCCCAGGUCGUGCACGCGCCAGGGCAGCGGCGCCCCGGUCCCCGGGGCCGGGGCCACCAUCUUCGCGCUGAGCUCCGGGCAAGGCCGCUGCGGCAUCGCGGUGAUCCGGACCAGCGGCCCCGCCAGCGGCCACGCCCUCCGGAGCCUCACGGCGUCCCGGGACUUGCCCCCGGCUCGCAGCGCCUGCCUGCGCCUGCUCAGCCAUCCCCAUUCCAGGGAGCCGUUGGACCGCGCGCUGGUGCUCUGGUUCCCAGGUCCCCAAAGUUUCACGGGUGAGGACUGCGCGGAAUUCCACGUGCAUGGAGGCUCGGCGGUGGUGAGUGGCGUCCUGCAGGCCCUGGGCAGUGUGCCAGGGCUGCGGCCCGCCGAGGCCGGUGAGUUCACCAGGCGGGCAUUCGCUCACGGAAAGCUGAGCCUGACCGAGGUGGAGGGGCUGGCGGAUCUAAUUCAUGCAGAAACCGAGGCGCAGCGGCGGCAGGCACUGAGGCAGCUGGAUGGGGAACUGGGCCACCUCUGCCAUGGCUGGGCCAAGACUCUCACCAAGGCUCUGGCUCAUGUGGAGGCCUAUAUCGAUUUUGGUGAGGAUGACAACCUGGAGGAGGGUGUCCUCGAGCGAGCCAACAGCCAAGUGCGGGAGCUGGAGCUGGCGCUGAGCGCACAUCUUCGAGAUGCCAGGCGCGGGCAGAGGCUUCGUUCAGGAGCGCACAUAGUGGUCACAGGCCCCCCCAACGCCGGCAAGAGCAGCCUGGUGAACCUACUCAGCCGGAAGCCUGUGUCCAUAGUGUCGCCGGAGCCGGGGACCACCCGCGACGUGCUGGAGACCCCCGUGGACCUGGCUGGGUUCCCCGCGCUGCUGAGCGACACGGCGGGGUUGCGGGAGGGCGCGGGGCCGGUGGAGCAGGAGGGCGUGCGGCGCGCCCGCCAGAGGCUGGAGCAGGCUGAUCUCAUUCUGGCCGUGCUAGAUGCUACGGACCUGGCCUCUCCGUCCAGCCGCAGCUUCCUGGACACCGUUGUCGUCCCCGCGGGAGCUGGGAGCCCCAGUGAGAACAGCCAGCGCCUCCUGCUGGUGCUGAACAAAUCGGACUUACUGCCUCGAGGGGGCCCAGACCGCAGUCCCCACCUGCCUCCGCAUCUGCUGCUGUCCUGCUUGACCGGAGAGGGAUUGGACGGCCUCCUGGAGGCGCUGAGGAAGGAGCUGGCUGAAGUGUGUGGGGACCCAUCUACAGGCCCACCACUUCUGACGCGGGCAAGGCACCAGCAUCAUCUCCAGGGCUGCCUGGAUGCUCUCAGCCACUACAAGCAGACAAAAGACCUAGCCCUGGCUGCUGAGGCGCUGAGACUCGCCCGUGGCCACCUGGCCCGCAUCACCGGUGGAGGGGACACUGAGGAGAUCCUGGACAUCAUCUUCCGGGACUUCUGUGUGGGCAAGUGAGAGGACCACUGAAGCUCUCAGCCAGAAGCCCUGAGGCAUGUGGGCACAGCUUAGGCCAAGUGAGAAUUUCAUCCCAUGGGGAAAGACCUUGUCCCCAGAAUGAUGAGCAAACCAGCUGCCUCAGAAAUGGUGAGCUCCCUGUUGCUGGCAGUAAGUAAGCUGCGGCCAGCCACAUUCCCUUGUGGGGAAAUGCUAGGGGUUCAAGCCUUGGAUGGAACUGAACGGAGGUCCCUUUGGGUGUCCGAUGCUGGAGGGAGUAGGAGUGGAUGGUUGGAUGGGGGUGGGGUCUUUGGGAGGGCCUCAGGGGUCUUUGUUUUGUAGUUCUUAAUUUAUUUUGCAAAUACCAAAGGAACAGACAAAAUUCAGGUGAUUCAGAAAUGCCUAAACAUGGCAAUCUCCCUCCCAUCCCUUGGGGAUCACGGCUUAACUUGUGUACUUCCAGGAUUUUCUCUGCUCUUUUACAUACUUGUGGACACACCUAUAAAAUAUGUUUUGUCAGGCACCUGGAUGGCUCAGUGAUUGAGCAUCUGCCUUGGGCUCAGGUCGUGAUCCCCGGGUCCUGGGAUCGAGUUCUGUAUCAGGCUCCCUGCAGGGAGCCUGCUUGUCCCUCUGCCUGUAUCUCUGCCUCUCUCUGGAUGUCUCUCAUGAAUAAAUAAAUAAAAUCUUAAAAUAUA